UGCCAGUUCCCGCGCGUCCGGCAUCUCAGCAGCAGUCCAUCAGUGCCUCGCGUGUUUGUGUAUGCGUGCAGCCUGCUGCUAAUCUACUGCUCAGCUGCUGCCUCAAAACGGCCGAAUUCGGCCAAUUUGUGGUUCUUAGCGAGUGCAAAAACUAGAAAGUAAACAACAAAUUUUCAUAUCUUCAUUUUUACCAGAGAUUAUAAUCGAACAUGGCGGUCAACACGCUGCAGAAGAUUAUCAAAACUUUCAUCGAGACUGAUGACAGUAGUCCACAUAAAAAGAUCACCCUCUUAACCACAAUCAGAAGGCAUCAUGUAGAUGAAACAAACGUCAAAGCUUUGAAAGAUAAUGAAUUGUGUGAACUGUGCAAUUCCAUCGUUAAAGCUAGUAUAUCCAAUGAUGAAAAACUUCAUCUCGAGGCGUGCCGGACGCUUGACGUCAUUUUGCCCGAAACAAAGAAUCGAAAAUUCGAUUUUUUUCAAUCCAUUUUACAAAUUAAUAGAAAAAAAAGGCUUAAAGCACUUACAGCUUUGAGCAUUCUAAAGGACGAAACAGUGGCAACAGUGUGCAACAAGCUGUCGAUUAUUAAGUUUUUAGAAGAUUGCUUGAAGUCUAUAAAGCCAGACAAAAUGGAGUGGCUGCUCAAAGAAAAUGCUGAUAACAAAGAAUUAAUGCAAACUGUUGAAUCCAAAUUAAAUAACUUUGAAGAAGAUUUUGAAGAAAAAGUAGUAGAUAAAGCCUUAGAAUUACUCAGCAGAGUAUGUGAUGUAUAUAUUAUGGGUCUUAAUGUUAGACAAUUUGAUAGCUUUAUCAUGGAUAAGGUCUUACUACUAGCUUACAUGGGUCAUCGCAAGCAGAGGUCACGGGCUUUGGUUGUGUUUAAGCAAGCAGUAAAAAAUGAUAUGGGCUUACGCAUUCGAUCAUUAAAUAAACCACUUUGGGACCAAUACAGGACAAUGCUUCAGAGUACUUACUGCAAACGCAUGACAUUAUUAGUUCUUGCUUGUGAUUUAGACUGGUCUAUUCAAUGGGAAACAAGCAUUUUAUUUAUUGGUACUGAUCUUCACAAAGGUGCUAAUUUAGUAAAUACUUUGCUAAAAGUUGAAGAAAUAGGAUUCAAAUCUGUUGAUAUGAAUAGAAGGCAAGCAUUUGUAUCAUGGAAGGCGUUAAUUGAUAAUUUUGCUUUGGAUCAACGUGAGCUAGCUACCAGUCGACGUAUUAAGCUCUUAUGCGUACCACUGAAUGCCAAGAACAGUAAAACAGAGGACAUGAUGCUUACAAAACUUGAAGUUUGGUGGCAUCUAAUUUACAAAAUAUAUCCAAGCUUAGGGGAAUGCACUGAAUCUGUAUUAGAACCAUUUUUGAGUACUUGUUUUGGUCCAUUUAGUAAGAAACCGCUUUUCAUACACAAGUCAGAUGAAAAUGUUCCAUUAGGAAAAAAAUUUCUUAAAACUCAAAUAUUCGCCAUAAAUGCCUUCAUUCAACUUAUUGUAAAUACAGAAAAUCAAUCUAAGAUUCCUAAUUUUGCUCCAAAAGUGGAUAUAAUCAGCCCAGUUAAUAAUUUUAUUUUUGAAAAAAUGUAUAAAGUUUUUUUCAAUUGUCUUGCAGAAAUAAUUGUUUUACUAAUAGAUAUACCAAGUGAUGUUUUUAACAAGCCAACUUUAUGCAAGAUUUUGUGGGAAAAUUUAGUAAAACGAGUUGAAGAAUAUGAAAAAAUGAAAACGCAGAUGUAUGAACAAAUUCGAAUUGUAGUUGAAGAAUUGAUUAAAAAAAACUAUUUAAAACAUCCUUUUAUAAGAAAUUUUAUCCUUGAUGGAGUAUUUAACCAAUUAGAUUCCUCUACAAGUAAUAUGCAGUUCAAUGAGUCUUCUUUAAAAGAAAUUUUACAGACAAUUUUACAAUUGGAUGACUGCUUCAGUUUUUCGAAUGAAAGCUGUAAAACUAUAGAGUCUCUACUAUGGCAUUUGAUCAAACCAAAAAAAGCUGAUGUUUAUAAUCCAAAAACUAUUGAACUUUUACAACAAGUACUGGAAGGCUUAGAUCAAGCUAAAACUGAUUGUACCAAGAUUGCUGCUGUUAGUCGGUUAUGGUGUGUCCUUGCUAAUACUGCAAAGAAAUAUAUAGAAGACUCACAAAACAUUAAUGAAGGAAAUCUUGCCAAGCACAAUUUUAGUACUCUAGAAAGAAUUAUUGCUUUCCCAUUCACCUUUAUUCAAAGUGACCAUGAAUUGUUGGAAAGUAUGGCUAAAUCUUGGAAAGAUCUUUAUGUACAAUUCGACUUUCAGGCUGAGUUGAUUGUUACUGUGCAAAGUAAUGAGAUCCUUUAUAAAACUGCAAAUAUGAUCAUAUCAAUUUUAAAGAAAGAUAAAAAUAUCAGUAAUUUUACUGGUAUUUGCAUUGAUGGAUUAUUUGCUGCAGUCAAUUAUGAAAAAUUGAUUAAAGAUAAAGAUACAUCUCCCUUACUGAUACUGUUUCGCGAUUUGAUUCUGACAUGCCUACAAACAAACAGUAUUUACACCGAUCGUGUACUCAAAGCUCUUUCUUCACUACUUUUGGGAGUUUUUGGACACAGUGCUGAAAAAACUGCAGCAUAUUUAAAGAUCAUUGAGCCUGCUAUAAAAAAAAUGCUCACUAAAAAUGAUGAUUCGUUUUUAGAAAAAGAAAUUGUUAAUACAUGGACGACAAUAGUAAGCUUAUUUAAAAACUUACAAAAAGAGUUCAGCUACGAUCUUUUACUCAGCUACCGAGAAACUAUUUCUUUAGCUAUGUUACAUCUUAACGAAGAUAUUGUUCAUUCUGCGUGUUCAAUCGUUGAUCUUAGAGAUGGUUUGGAUGAUAAAUCUAAAAAACUUAUUGAUGAAUUGGUUAAGGAUUUGCAAACAGCUGGUUGUCAAAGCAAUUUUACAGAAGCCAAAGAAAUCAAUAACAAAAUUAAAUCCAAAUCAGCGGUAUCCACAAAACCAGUUGGCAGUUUUUUAAAUCGUAAAUCUUUGGGUUCCAGUAAUAAAACCCCUGGAAAGGAAAAUGCUAAAGUUAAAGUAGUUAAUCCUGAACCGGAUUCUCAGGAUUUUGUGGUCAUCAAUACAGACUUAAAACUCGAUGUUAAUCGGUUAACAGAGCAUCAGAAAGAAAAAUUAAAAAGUCGCCGGGAUUACAUUCCAGGCAUGUAUAACGAUGUAUCUCAUUCUGGUACUCAAGACUCACAAGAAAUCCAACGUUGGUUUGACGCUCAAACGAGACGAACGCCCUUACCUAUUAAAGUACCGAAUUCUCCAAAAGUUCAUGAUGACAAGGCUAACCCAAAUUUUAAAAACGUUGGUAAAUUCUCAAAUAAAGAUGCAGAAAACAUAUCAGCUGCUACCAUUGAAGCAAAAAACACAACCGAAGCAUCCAACAGUAAAAGAAGUGGUAGUAGCAACGAUGUCGCGAGUAAGGAUAAAAAUCAGUGUCAAUCUGACGGCGUCAACGGCGGCACGAGUGCAAUACCAUUGCCAAAAAAAUUGGACUUCGAUUCGACUUUGGAGUACCCCGCCAAUAAAAUAAUGACUGCUGACAGUGCUACUAGUGGCUGUGGUGUUGGUGGUGGCGGCAAUGCCGCAGUAACGAACAUUAGUGCAGUCGAUGUUUCCAAUAAUAAAAAACACGACGAGGAUGUGAUUGAUGAUAGUCAAAAAGGCAAAAUGAAGCGGCGCGAAUCUAUGAAUGGAACAGACGGUCAAGGUAAUUUAAAAACCGCUACCGCAUCAGGAUCUCGAAGUCGCCGCUCAAUGCAACCAACAACGGGAAAUUUGCGACGAUCUAACAGUAGUGAGAAUUUACUUAAUAAAAGAGGUCGAAAACGCCGCAACUCGGAUUCUAAUUCCGAAGGUACUUUAUACAUUGAACGAGAAAAGAGACCCAGACUGCCGAACCCGAACGAUGUGAUUGCUGAAACGCUUGAGUAUAGUCAGGACAGUUUGAGAUCUGCUACUGAUAGUGAGAUGAGUCAAGCAUCGAGUUUAUCAAGUAGUCAAGCCUCGAGUUAUAUUAAUAGUCAAGACUCCGAAUGUGAUGGUAAAAAAUUUUCGAAGCGUCAAAUGACGGAAAUGUCGCGGCUUAAAAUCGACAUGAGAUUUGAACCACUUCCAAAUCGCCGCAGUGUUGUAAAAAAAGAAACACCUGUUACUGUCGCAUCCGAUAGUAAAAAACCAUUGAAUAAUGAUGGUUUGAAUGUCAAAGAACAGAAGUCAAAAAGCGAUGUGAAGUCCGGAAAAUUAGAAUCAAAUAGUCAAGAAAAUAUUAUUGUAAGAAGACGAUCAUCUAAGUUAUUAAAAUCUAACGAAAAUGGCGAACAAGAAUCAAAAAAAGAUGGUAAUAAAAACUCAUUGGACAUUGAAGUAAGCAGUAGUAAAAUUACGUCAAGAAAAUCACUACCCAAUAGUAUUGUUAUUGAAACAAAACCAGUUGCAAAGAAACCCGAAAGUGAAGAAACGUCAAAAGUUACUGACAUCGCGGAAAAUACUGACAAAAUUGCAGAAAAUAUUCAAAUCGGAAAAAAUAAUUUUAAUUCUAUUGAUGACCAUGAUAUAGAAAACCAAGAUGUGAAUUCCAUUGCAUCUCAAGACUCAGAUAUUGUACAAUGCUCGCAACAACCAACAAUCAGCAUGAAAAUAGAUAAACCUGAUUGCUAUGUAAAAAUUCUUAAAGAUAAUGAUAUCGAAAUGGCUGUUAACUCGCAAACAAAUUCUCAAGAUGUAAAAGAAAAAUCAGGUCGAAUUAUCCAAGAAAUGUCUGUUGCAUUGGAUGAUACAUCAAUUAUUCCAGCUACUAUACAGCCAGAAAAACCUGUUUCCAUAAGAACAGAACAGAAAAAGAUUGAGAGGAACGAAAUUAUUGGCAAAAUACCAGCUAUAAUGAGCCAUAUAACUUCACCUAAAAAGGCUAAUCAGCGCAAAUCAUUUCCAGUUCACAAUAGAGCUGCCCAUAUGAUCGGUUUAGUCUCUAAACAAUUGCCAAUUAAAGUUGGAUCAAGCGUAAAUAAAACUGAAAAUUCUCUAAAUGAUGAUGUUCCAUCAUUAUCUACCGUGAAAAAAGAUAGUUUUAGAGAAAUAGAACCAGUAUUAUCUAGUCCAAGUACCACUGGGAGCCGACAAGAAAAAAUGUUCAUGAAUAUGAGUAACAAUCGAAAGUCUGGCGAUAAAUCGCUCUCACCAUCUAUGUCGAUGUUUUGUAACUUGAGAAAUAAAGGUGAACGUAUCUCUCCGAAAUUGGAACAGCGCAAUCAAGAAAAAGAUCUGGAUAUAAGUUCACUGACAACCGAGAACGGUAGCACAAUCGAAUCUCCAAGUGGAAAAUCUCGCAGAGAGUUGCCUAUGCUUGAGUGGACAAAUGCAAAUCCACCGUCAUUCAACGCAUCACCAAGUGCUAGCAUUCUGAAACGAAUGAAUGACACAGAUAUCGACACACCCAACAGGAAAAAAAGAGUGAGCUUUGCCGAUCCACCAGUAUCUCGUGAAAUGGGUUAUGAGAUAUUAACAGAAACUUCAUCACCUCCUCGUCUAGAGAAGUUACCACCUACGCGUAGUCCAAUUUCUCGUCGAGAGAAUCGCAAAUUUACACGCACGCGUCUAUCUCAAUUAACGCCAGAAAGAAUGGAAAUUGAAGUUACAGUUGCUUCUCCAAAAGUCAAACUAACUACGGUACUUGCAGAACAUCCACUCGAAGAUUCAACGGCUACCCAGUCAAUUACUCCAUCAACAGUGACUACGUUGGCGACGUCUCCAUCGAUGCAAACCAGUACAUCCGGUAACACAAGCAUAUCGGAAAUUACAUCUCAGUCAGCCACAUCUACGGCCGUUACAUCCGUGACUGAGCCUAGUAAUUCUCAAGAUGCUGAUAUUUUUGGCGAACAUGAAGAUUGCGAAGUUAAGGCUCCUCUAUCACAAGAUGAUGAUCAAAGUGCCGAAAAUAAUACUUCCAUUAAAUUAGAUUCUAUAAAUCUGUCAAGUAUCAACAAAUCUGAUAAUGCGAGUUCGCUCGAAGAUACGGUUGAUGUAGAAAAUAUAUCAUCCAGCUUCGAUAAUUCGCAUAAUAUUUCAGAUAAAGCGGUUGGAAGUUGUUCUCAAGGUAGUGGGGAACCUGGUGAUACAUUACCCGUUACAGAUUCUGUAUUUUCUAAUUUACCAAUAAUUAGUCAAGAGACACAAAAUAGCGUGGCUCAGUUGAGUGAACCGGAGAACCUCGAUUCCACUUUGCCAGUUUAUCCAACAUUGACCUCCUGUACAGAUGGAAUCGACACUUUGAGUAAGGAUCUAGUUGAUCCAUUGUUUAAAGACAAUCUAGUUGAGCAUCUAGCCGCCAAAGCUAUCAGUUCCGUCGGAGAUAUGGCUCAAUUGACUGAAAGGGAAAUUAAUCGACUUCCAAUUCGUAACUAUCCAUCAAAAAUUGUGUGCGUAAAAACUGCCCUGUCAAGGCACGCUCAGCGUCUUGGUAAAUUAUCCGAUUCACGACCAGUUGGUGUAUCAUCUAGUACGCCCUUGGGUCACAGAACAAAAAGUUUGUUCGAGGACCUAAUAAAAUCCAAUGUUUCGGCAGUUCAAGAAAGUAAACCUAUGAAAAGAGCAUCCACAGACAACGCCAUCCAAACUAGCCCCAUUAAAAAGCAGAGAAACGAUCAAGAGGCUUGUAAAGAUUUCAUGGAUCAUUGCGACGAUGAUUUUUUGUUUGAAGCUUUUAUUAAAAAGUUUGAUUACGAAAGAUUGCUCAAAGCCUAUAAGGAAAAAAUGGUAGAGAAACCAGAGAAAGAACUCAAAAAAGAGACCCUCAACAUUCUUGGGUUAAAUGUUACAGAUGAUAGCGAAGCAAGUUUUAAAGCAUCGACGAAAACAGUAGGCUUACAUAAAGUUUUGCAACAACUUCCAAUGAUUUUUGAUUCUGACGAAGAGUUUUACGAUACCGUACUAAAAACGUACAAAAAAAAUCUCAAACCGGCUAAUUUAUUAAAUGUUAUGAAACCAACUGAACUUAAAGAAGCUUUAGCUGAGCAUUACAGUGUCAAUGAGCUCUUAUCAAUUAUCAAUAGCAAAUUAACUAAAAAUCUUAGUUCGGAAAACGGAUGCAUUAAAAGCUCAAAUGAAGUUGAAUCAUUCGUCGAUUUCAUUUCUCCAGAAAUUCGCGUUAAAACUGAAAAUUCUGCAAAACGACAAGUUAUGUUUGAAACAUUAGUAAGGGAUAUCGAUGGUUGUAAACUUUCUGAUCUGUUUAAUGAAGCCAUAAAAUGCAAAUUGCAAAAAAAAUGAGAGAUGUAAGAUUUUUCGUAGUUAUGUUGAUUAUGAAACUUUAUAAUUAUUGGUAUGAAACUUGUUAUUUUCUGCAAGUUACGUUAAAUGUUGACGUGUUAUGAUAUCAUCAUCACUGAAUUAUGAAUUUUCCUCAAAUCAUUGUUAGCGCAUUGAACCAAACUAUUGGUAUAAAAAUUUUCGAUUAUUAUAUAUUUAUAGUUUUUUCCACUUCUCUCAUCAUCCAUGUUCAAGUAUUGCCAUUUCAUUUUAUUGAAUAGAUAGUAAGUAAUUGUUAUAAUGAGGUAUUACUUAUUUGAUAGCUCUCAAUUUAGGAAAGUUUGAUUUUGUCGAUUUUUUACGAUCCUUAGGAUUAUUAGGAAUCUCAAUUGAGAAAACUUGUACAUACUAAACUAAUUUGUUCCAUAAAAUUAAUUAACUGGAACACUGAACAAAAGCUCUGUCCUUUAUGAUUUAAAAAAAUGAAUUGGUAUCGACUCCCGUUGGAUUUGAAGUCCAAAUAUAAUUUGAAUACAAGCUAAAUAAUCUAAAUUUUCAAUUAAAAUAGCCAUUGCAAAAGAAACUCUGUCGUAUAAAAUGAAGUCUCAAUUGAAUACUAUUUACAACACAGUUACAUAGUGAUCCAGAUACAUGUGAAAAUUUUCUAUGUAAGCUUUAUUUAAUUUACCGAUUAUUUCUUUGAAAAAAAAAGAAUAGAUAUGUUAGUUACUUUGAAAGUGAUAAUCAAGAAUAUGAUUUUUUAAAUUAGUAAGCACGACAAGUAGUAAGAUAAACUGACUUAAGCGACUAUGUUACACUGUAAUUACUUACAAAAUUAGUGUUGACAUUUUAUAAUUUGUAUUUGUACUAUAAAUGAAUAAAAAAACGUUUAAGUAA